AUGUUCGAUUCCGACUCCGAGUCGUCUCUUGCCGAACAAAAAUCACGCCAAUCUCACGGGCCGUCCGCGCUCUUCAUUCCCCAAUCCGCAUACGUCGUGAAAGCCAUGGCGCAUCGCCUCGCGGCGUCCCUGAAGUUUCGGCGCGCGGCGCAGCAGGUGAUGGAGGGCGUGCUCCCGCGCGGCGCCAACCUCGGCGGAACUUCUGAUGGCGCCGCCCCGGCAGGAGCGAGAAGCGGGAGCGCAGAGCAGGCGGAGACAGCAGCACGGCCGAUGCUGGAGCGUGGGGAGCCGCAGCGACACGGUGACAAGCAUCGACAGCAUGAGGAGCAUGGCACGGGCCGCCGCUCUUUCCAGACCUCCCCCGUCGGCCCCUCCCUCUACUCCCGCCGCGUUAGCCGCUCAGCUUCCCUCACUCUUCCCCACAUCUCUCCACCCAUUCCUUCCUCACAUUCCCACGCUCUCUCCUCCGACUCCUUUCCUCCUUUACCCUCUUCCCCACCCGCCGCCACGCUCCCAGCUGCCGCCUCUUCUUCACGCCCUCCCUCCUUCACCGCGUCUCCCGCACACUCCCAUGACUACCCGGCCCUUCACUUCCCCUCCGCCCGCCCGUCACCACCAACCGGUGCACCAGCCACGCUUGUGCUCCUCCCCAGAUUCAGCGCACCUGUCCAGCGCCCAACCCUAACACACAGUCGUCUCACAAGCCCAGCUGUAAACCCUCCAUCCAUCCUCAAAACGAGCCAUUCUUGCCCGGACCAUCUGAACUCUACCGAACCAGAUUGCCUGGCUGGGCUGAGCUUAACUCCAAAGCGCUCCUGCCUGAGUCAAGGCCGAACCUGCCGCAGCCAGAAGUCAGGAGCCUCAAGCCCGGAGCAAGGUGCAGGUCCGAGGCUGGUUCGGCGUGUGUCGUUCAACAGCAUUGUGCGUGUGCGGCGAUUCAUCGAGCUUCCUCCUGAUGCCGACAGCUACUGCAGCGACAGUGUCAGCUUCCUGCCUCUAUACGCGCCCCCUCUGUCCCCUACUCCCCCUCUUCCUCCUCUUCCCCCCUUUUCCACUCCUCCCCAUCUUCCCCCUCCUCCCCAUCUUCCCCAUCCUCCCCAACUUCCCCCUCCUCCCACUCCUCCCUAUCCUUUCCCUCCUCCCCUUCCUGCGCCUCAUACCCCUCCUCUCCUCGUUCCCCCUCCCCUUCCUCUUCCUCGCAUUCACCCCACUGCCCCGCACCCCCACCUGCCCACAUGCGCAAGUGUCUGCCCCCGUCGCCCACGGCCAGAAGGCUGA